UCUGUCCAACUUAUCUUGCAGCUGCUAAUUAUACUAACUACCUCAGACCCUGACCCAGAUAACUGGUGGUAGCCUUUUUUAGCGAGCCUCGUUUCCAUGUGGUUGCAUGAAAACCAUGCCUUGCCUCUUCCGCGAUCUGCAGCAAAGAAAUGUCGAAGAAGGUUCAACCUACACUGGCACAUUUUAAUUUUCAAAGAUUCAUUCGAACUCCAAAAGGAACUGAUUUUGAAGUUAAAAUUCCAAAUUUUGCUACAGAGAAGAAUGUUGUCUGCUGCAGUUGCAAGAGGAAGUUUUCUAAUGAACAGUACCUCAAACAGCACAAAGAAACAAGCAAGAAAUGCUCCAGCUCAAUUGCCUUUGGACCUCAGCAAGAAACUUUGUCUGUGACUCCAUGUAGUACCGGAACAUUCAGAGCCACUGAUGAAAGUGGUACCUUAACUGUACCAGACACAGUCACAGAUUUACACUCAAGACCAAAGGAGAAAUCAAAAUUAGAUAAGGGUACCAACAAAAAACAGCAAUCAGGAAAGCGGAGAUCAUACACAGUGUGCUUUAAAGCUAAAGUUAUCAAAGACCUGAAUAAUUUGCCUUGCUCUCAAAAAGGAAAACUGCAGAUAAUAGCUAACUUGCAUCAUGUCUCCAGGGGGCUUGUUUGUAAAUGAAAAAAAGAUGAAGCAAAGAUUAUGAAGGCAUGGGAAGAGUCAAGGAGCAAAGUAUUAGGUGGAAGGAGACAGAAUGGAAGCAGAAGCGCCAGAUCAAGAAGAAAGAUACGUCAACCAGCAAAAUCUCAUUUUCAGUUGGCAGAAGAAAAGACCAAGGAAGAGCUUUUGAUUGCAAGAGGAAAGGUUGCAAAAGUAGGGGAUAGAUGGAUCCGUACUAGAAUGGGAAAAUACAUUAGAAAGUUUUAUGGCAAUAAAAAGGCUGAUUCCUUUAAAGCUAGCCCCAACUGGAUGUUUUCUUUCAAAAAACGGCAUGGUAUAUCUUUACGGAGAAAGACCAACAAGAAGAAACAAGGCAGCCAUGAAAUGCUGCCUGUCAUUCAGGCUUUUCAUCAGCAAUUGAGGAGCGACCUAAAUUCUUGCAGACGCCGAACAAACAUGGUAAAUCAUAAGAAAUGGGGAAGGUGGGUGCCUGAAAGGAGAUUUAAUGUAGAUCAAGUGCCUCUUCCCUUUGUUGUAGACCAAGGAAUGACUUAUGAUCUUAAAGGAAGCACUUCUGUGUGGAUUAGCCAAUCUGCCAGUGGACUUGAUCGAAGACAAUGCACACUCCAACUUUGCAUACAACCUACAGAGAAGCAGAAUGUUCCUCCUGCAAUUAUUUUUCGGGGUAAAGGUAAUGUUAAACCAGCUGAAUUGCAAUCAUAUGACAAACGUGUUCACAUAUAUUGGCAGGAUAAUGGGUGGAUGGAUAGUGCUGUUGCCACUCAAUGGGUCAAGAAUACUUUUGGACCAGCCAUAGAUAAAAGCCAUGAAAAUGUUCUUUUUCUUGACAAUCUGUCCUGCCAAUGCACAAAAGAUUUUCACAGUAUUUGUAGGGAAGAAGCU